CAGAAAAGUGCGCUCUCGCCGGCGAAAUGAAGUUCGCGGCGAACAUCAUCGUCCUGAGUGUCGUGUGCUGUGCAUCGGUGUCGACGGGCUUCGAGAAACUCAAGGACGAGCCAGAAUUGAAUGCCAAAUUCUUUGUCAAAUCGUAUUCUACGCGUACAUGGACUUUUGUGUCAUCAUUUACGUCCACAGUAUUUUACACCUGCUAUACUUCAGAAGAGGCCGAUUUUGUGGCGUGCCAAGGAAGGAAACUACGGCGGUCCAGGAAACUUGAUAUUCCACUCGGGGAGGUGGAUGAUGAACUGUCUAGCAGUCUCGCAGAAGCAGAGGAGAAACAAGACACUGCAGAGAAACUGUUCUUCACUGUCUGGAGCACCAGCAGCACUACCGUCACCGUCACCACCUUCUCCACGAACAGAUCUGUCACUGUUUCGGUCCGUAUCUUAUGCACUUAUCCUGGAGUUAUGUUUAACGUCUGCUAGCAUGACUGCCGGGCUAUUUAUUAAUUGUCCAGUGUGAUGGUGAACUGUCCAGUAUGCUCAGUUUUCCCUGAGACCUCAGUUAACUUCAGACACUAACAGACAGUGAUUGUUAUGUAGUUGUUAAGAUUUGCUUGUACAUAAUUGACCCCUGUAUGUAUAAAAAGUAUGUGUUAA